AUUGCACUGGGUGAUUAAUCGAUAAAGAUACAAUAGUCAGAUAUUGCAUAUUUCAACUGAAAAUGGUAAUGUUUUGCACUUUGUCAAUUAUAACUUUGAAUUUAAUUAAAAAAACACCAGCUAGUGAUGGUACAACACAUUCCAUGUAUGGCAUUGUGUUGCCAGAGACCUCGGACUCAUUCCUGGCAGUCAAUGAUGGGCCAUCUCAGACACCCACCUCAGACUCAUUCCUGGCAGUCAAUGAUGGGCCAUCUCAGACACCCACCUCAGACUCAUUCCUGUCAGUCAAUGAUGGGCCAUCUCAGACACCCACCUCAGACUCAUUCCUGUCAGUCAAUGAUGGGCCAUCUCAGACACCUGCCUCAGACUCAUUCCUGGCAGUCAAUGAUGGGCCAUCUCAGACACCCACCUCAGAGUCAUUCCUGUCAGUCAAUGAUGACCCAUCUCAGACACCCAUUUCAGACUCAUUCCUGGCAGUCAAUGAUGGGCCAUCUCAGACACCCACCUCAGACUCAUUCCAUGCAGUCAAUGAUGUGCCAUCUCAGACACCCACCUCAGACUUAUUCCUGUCAGUCAAUGAUGUGCCAUCUCAGACACCCACCUUAGACUCAUUCCUGGCAGUCAAUGAUGGGCCAUCUCAGACACCAACCUCGUACUCAUUCCUGUCAGUCAAUGAUGUGCCAUCUCAGACACCCACCUCAGACUCAUUCCUGUCAGUCAAUGAUGGGCCAUCUCAGACACCCACCUCAGACUCAUUCCUGGCAGUCAAUGAUGGGCCAUCUCAGACACCCACCUCAGACUCAUUCCUGGCAGUCAGUGAUGGGCCAUCUCAGACACCCACCUCAGACUCAUUCCUGGCAGUCAAUGAUGGGCCAUCUCAGACACCCACCUCAGACUCAUUCCUGGCAGUCAAUGAUGGGCCAUCUCAGACACCCACCUCAGACUCAUUCCUGGCAGUCAAUGAUGGGCCAUCUCAGACACCCACCUCAGACUCAUUCCUAUCAGUCAAUGAUGGGCCAUCUCAGACACCCACCUCAGACUCAUUCCUGUCAGUCAAUGAUGGGCCAUCUCAGACACCCACCUCAGACUCAUUCCUGGCAGUCAAUGAUGGGCCAUCUCAGACACUCAACUCAGACUCAUUCCUGUCAGUCAAUGAUGGGCCAUCUCAGACACCCACCUCAGACUCAUUCCUGUCAGUCAAUGAUGGGCCAUUUCAGACACCCACCUCAUACUCAUUCCUGGCAGUCAGUGAUGGGCCAUCUCAGACACCCUCCUCAGACUCAUUCCUGUCAGUCAAUUAUGGACCAUCUCAGACACCCACCUCAGACUCAUUCCUGGCAGUCAAUGAUGAGCCAUCUCAGACCCACCUCAGACUAAUUCCUGGCAGUCACUGAUGAGCCAUCUCAGACCCACCUUAGACUAAUUCUUGGCAGUCAAUGAUGAGCCAUCUCAGACCCACCUCAGACUCAUUCCUGGCAGUCAAUGAUGAGCCAUCUCAGACCCACCUCAGACUCAUUCCUGUCAGUCAAUGAUGGGCCAUCUCGGACACCCACCUUAGACUCAUUCCUGUCAGUCAAUGAUGAGCUUCCAGACACCCACAUCAGACUCAUUCCUGUCAGUCAAUGAGUAGCCAUCUCAGACAUCCACCUCAGACUCAUUCCUGUCAGUCAAUGAAUAGCCAUCUCAGACACCCACCUCAGACUCAUUCCUGUCAGUCAAUGAGUAGCCAUCUCAGACACCCACCUCAGACUCAUUCCUGUCAGUCAAUGAUGAGCCGUCUCAGACCCACCUCAGACUCAUUCCUGGCAGUCAAUGAGUAGCCAUCUCAGACACUUAAUAUAAGAGAAAGAACAAUCACACACUACAUUUUACAUCAGACCUUGCUAGAUUGAGCCAAAUUUAUUACCAAAAUGACCAGAGUAUGACUUCAUAACAGGGAUUCGAUGCAUUUAUUAGGUUUUUACUUCAAAGUAUUUUGCAGUUUCAUUUAGAAUCAGACUGUCUUAUCAAUUUCCGGUUGGCUAUAAAAACAUUCUAGAUCAACAACAAAACUUCAAAUCUUUAUUGAAUAUAUGACACAUGUGAAUGUUUCAAUAGGCGAGUGAAUGUUUCAAUCAGCUGUGUUACAUAUACUUGACUCUCUUGAACCUUGGAAUAUGGCACCCAGGUGUCCGGGAAUUGCUUGACAGAAAUGUAUUCAAUGUAAGUCGAUCAUGUUUUCCUGAAUCAAGAAAUCCACUAGACAUAACAUACACCGUUGUGUAGAAGUGGAUAUGGGCAGAGCUCUAGAUAAGGAUUUAGUCUAAAGGGUAUUUUACCCCCUUAAAUUAUUGUUAAAGGGUAUUUUACUCCUUUGUUUCAGCCAUAAGGGUAUUUCGGAAUUUUGAGGAGUAUUUUCCAUUUCCAUAGAAAACUGACAUAGUACAUAGCGUGUUUAAUCUAGAAUUAUUAUUAUUUGUUACUUAAUAAAUUCAAACAGAAUAAAUAAUCAAUGAUGA